AAAUUGAAACAUUUAUACAAAGUGCAACCGACAAGGCUUUCGAACUUGAGAUGGAAGAAUAUGCCUUUCCUGGUCGACAGAACGAUCGACUAUUCCAGUCCGAGCAUCUUCAUGUAACGCACGAAGAGGAUGAAAGCUGUUCACAGUGUCUGACUGAUUGGGAAGUCCAACGAAACAAAGAUAGUGAUGGAAGUGGUUCAAAAGCUCGAUUCUAUCACGGAUGCUGUUGAAGGUGUGGGUACUAAUAUCGUCAAUGCUUAUAAUCAAGGUCAGGCAUCUGAAGAGAAACGUGAGAUUCUGCGACGGCAGGAGCGUGACAAUGACAAAUUUGACAAAGCCCUGAACAAACUGAGGGAUGAGUUACUGUCAACGAAUGAAGCAAGCGUAAAUCUAAGUCAAGGAUCCAGGCAGGAGCCACACCCUGGGACUUGUACCUGGCUAUUUAAUGACUCAAGGUUCAAGAAAUGGAUUGACGAAAAAACUGACACCCCUAUAUUGUGGCUAUGUGGCGCUCCAAGAGCCGGGAAAACAGUCCUGUGUACAGCCGCAAUCGACCACGUGAAAGAGAAGCGAGGUACAGAGUCGACUAUAUAUGCUUAUGUAUCAGACUCCGCUGAAUUCUCUCCAUCUCAAUUGCUGUCAAAUUUCGCUUUACAGCUCCUCGACAAUCUUCGAAAAUGCAAGUCAUGUCUCCACGAACCAAUAGACUUGCAGCAAUUCAUAGGUGUUUCACGCAAAGAUGACAAAGAGAGAGAAAAAUUAGUCUCACAUUUGAUUAAGGCCCUCCCGGCCACAUACAUCUUCCUUGACGGCUUAGAUGGGGCUGAUCAUUACACUGUUCGACAGAACUCCAUGAGCCUAGCAAGUUACGAAAGAGGGCGCCCAGAACAGAACAUGAAGCGAGUUCUUAAUUUCCUCUGCAUUCUUACCGAGCAAUACAGUCCAAAGGUGCGGCUCUGGUGUAGCUCACAGUUUGAUUCUACGCGGCGACGAGCCUGGAUGAGUAAUUAUGAGAAGCUCACGCUGGAUUUCCAGCUUCAGCUGGAUGACACUAAGAGUGAUAUCGUAAAUUAUCUCUUAGAAUGCAUCGAGAGUACAUUUCCCUCAUUAGGUCGUGUUAAAAUCUUUCGACCUUUAUUACUGCAAGUAAUCAAGAUUCAAGGGAGCUUCUCGUGGGCAAGGCUCCUUCAUGAUGAAAUAGAGCAGCAGCCUGAUACAAAAAGCUUGAUGAGACUACUGGAAGAUGAAAAGCUUCCAGGGAGUAUCAAUAAGUACUACGAAAAGCAUAUCAACCGAAUUAAAUACCGCGAACGUGGGAGGGUAGAGCCGGCCCUUUGGAAAAUCGUGCUAUCAUUAGUGAUGUAUGCCAAAAGACCUCUUCUUAAGUCAGAAAUUAUUGAAGCAAUCGCUAUAUUAAGAACAGAGUCGGGAGAUCUCGAUCCUGAUUACAAGCCACGAGACGACAGCGUUUUGAACGCCUGUCAUCCCCUGGUGAAAAUAAUUACUCAAAGGGGAGAAAAGGAAAAUGAUCCGAUCAUCACGCUACAUGAUGGUGGCGUCCGUGAGUUUCUCGAGGGAAGCUUAGAAUUAAGAAGCGACCACCAUACGGAUGAUGAGCUUGUCGAUGCUGGCAUCUUCCGAGAUACUUGUAUUCGUUACUUAACGCAACCAAAGUAUGAGAAGUUCCUUAAAAAGAUCGAUACCGGCACUUUCAAGACUUGGGAGACGAAUGAAGACAUCAUAUCUCACAAGUUCUUGGGAUACUGCGUGAAAUACUGGCACCAGCAUUUUGACACUCCUUCGGCAGAGUCUCCACCGGAAGCCGAAUUCAAAAAGGUUAAGAAAUUCGUUGAAUCUACACACUUUGCCACUUGUGUGCAAGUACAAAGUCUGGUUGUCGAAGGGCACUUUGCUCAUCGAAUUGAUGACAUAACCGACCAAGCAGCAAGCACAAAACGAGUGUUCCCAAAUUGGCUCCUGAAGAGCGAACUGUUUAGACAAUAUUCAAUCUUUUCGAGCGAAUGGUCAGAAUUACUCCAAUCUGGAUUAACAUCAAAUCUUAAUGGCGAGCUGGAUAGGUGUAUAUGGAUGUCUUUGGGACACAAUCACUUUCUUUCGUCUCUACCUUGUCGAUAUGAGAGCUUUAUAUUUGCGACUAAGGAGACCGAGGCCAGCAAUUCAUCGCGCUGUUGGAUCCAAAAGUUGUCCCCAAAUCAUGAAUAUAUUACUUCAUGCUACUUUAAUACUUUGAAGUAAGUGCCCAUUUUUCUUACACUGGAAGAAGAAGCCCAAUUUUCUUUUGAUACCAACACUUAUGUUCUGGGAAAAGCCAUUCUAUUGAAAUCACGCAUUGGAGUCUUGGCGGCUCUGGCAAUAGCAGUCUUCAAACGUUGAUGUUCAAUCGCCAAGAUGUGUCGCUGGACUCUUAUCAGUUGCCCUGCUCUGCCUUCAUUCCGCUCAUCCCUAGUUUGUCCUGCCUGGAGCCUCCCUACAGCCUCUCAAUUUUCCCGAAUGCGUCAGUUAUGCGAGUUGGCUCAAAAUUAUUCGCUGGCGUAUAUCCCGAGGAGU